AUGGAAGCUGUCGGUAUCGCCGCCAGCAUCGCAGGCCUCGUCUUGGCUGUCCAGGAGUGCUACAAGAUAGUCAACAAGCACGUCGGGAGUUCCAAAAUCCAAUCGGAAGAAAUCAAGCAGAUGCACUCCACCCUUCGCCAGUUCCUAACGGUGGUGGGCGGUUUUCGGGCGGUCCUCGAGGCGUCGCAGGAAGACGAGGACAGAUUCAACCGCAUGGGCCGUCUUGGGGACGUGAUGACGGUCUGCAGGAAGAUUCUUGAGGAAAUCAUUGCAUAUGAGGACGAUGAUCGGCUCAAAAAGCUCAUCAGAGGCGCCAAGUUCGACAAGAGGCUGAAGCAAUCGAUGACCGAGCUUCAUGACGCAAAGGUGCUUCUCAAUCUUGCCAUAUCGGCCGAGCAGGACAUCAUCAUCGCCGAAACCAACAAGUUCCUACACCAGGUGGGAGAGACCGUCGAGAACGUCUUCGAAACAGUGCAGGCCACUGCCGAGAAAAUGGACGAUAUCCGAGGCCGGUUUCAGAGCCAAGAAGACGUGGAGGAGAAAAGGAAAAUUCUCGACUGGAUCUCGACCCGCACAUUCGGGCCCAUUCAAACCGAUCUGCUGAAUCGACUGCAAGAGGGAACAGGGGAAUGGUUUCUGGAGGCCGAACCGUUCCAGACCUGGCAAACCUCAGCUUGCGAAAACGAUCAAAUUCUGUUCGGUCCUGGUAGCCUUGGCUCCGGAAAGACAAUGAUCACCGCGGCUGUGAUUGAGCAUCUGCACCAGAAGCACAAAGACCAGGCCGGCAUUGCAAUCAGCUACGUGUUUUGCAACUACAAGAACCGCGAACUCGACGACUCGAUAACUCUCCUGCGCUGUCUGCUGCGGCAAAUCGUCGACGUACUACCUUCGGUUCCGGAGAGCCUCAAGGAAAUGCACAAGAAAGAGGAGUUACUGACCUUGAAGAAAGUCAGUGGGUUGUUGCAGGAAGCAGCUAGCAAGUGUUCUAACUGCUUCAUCAUUGUCGACGCCUUGGACGAGUUCCAAUCCAGCAGUCACCAGAACUGCAUGUCGCUGCUGUCCGAGAUAACCAAGGCUAGGGCGCAUGCCAAAGUCUUCGCCACAUCCAGACCCAUCCCCCGAAUCUGUUCGUUCUUUGAGGGCCGCUUGUCUCAAGAGAUCCGCGCAACUCAUAACGACUUGGACACGGUCUUGGAGAGCCAUAUCGCAAGGUGUUCAAGGGUCUUGGACCGGGACGUGUCACUCCGUGAUGAGGUCGAAGCUACGAUCAUUGGUGCUGUCAACGGAAUGUUUCUUCUGGCUCAGCUGUACCUCAAUCGAUUUGACGGCAUUCUUACAGUUCGAGAGGUGAAGAAUACGCUGAAGUCUCUCAGGGAACACAGUACAGAAGCCCGACUGGCUGAUGAAGACGACAACGAUUGGCAACUCGAUGUCCUGAGCCACGCCUACGAUGACACCAUGUCGCGAAUCCGUGCCAAGAAGGGAGAACACAGAGAUAUCGCCUUGAACGCGAUAAAAUGGAUUACGCACGCCAGAAGACCACUUCAACCUAGCCAGCUACAAGAAGCGAUGGUCAUUCGGCCGAAAGAUACCGAGUUCGACCAAGAGGCCGUUGCGGAUAUAGAUGACAUCCUUUCCGUCUGUGAAGGCCUUGUGGUGGUCGACGGAGAGGCAGACAUCGUCCGCCUACACCAUUAUGCGGCACAAGAGUAUUUCGAGCGAACUCGGGAGAAGCAUUUCCCAGACGGAGAGUUUGAAAUCAGCGGCACUUGCGCAACGUAUCUCUCAUUGGAGAGCAUUCGCUGCUACAAAGAGGCAUGCGGCAUAUGCAAGGACAACGGCGGAACCAAACCAAAGGAUGCCAUCGGCACUCGGCUCUUAUGGUACGUGGCGCCGCACUGGGGAUACCACGUCCGCCGAUCGUCCAGAGUCCACGCCCAGGUCCAGAGUCUACUCAGCUCCAGUGAACUUACCGACACACUGAGCGAUGUAAUGAAUAUAUUCGUGGCCCAGCACAUUUGCGAGAAGGCAAGUCCACUGCAUUUGGCCGCUUACUUUGGAGCCGAUACGCUUCUUCAAAGCCUCAUUGACGGAUAUGGAAGCGUGUACGAGGAGGACAAGUCAGGCGAGACGCCUUUAUGCUACGCUAUUAAAGGCGGUUGGGAAUCUACCGUUCGCCUACUGUUGGAGAACGGCGCAACCGUUUGCAGUAGCAUCUCUUACGGGCUUCUGAAUCAUCCUGGAUACUCGUCAGCACUGCCCUUGCGUCUCGCCGUGGGCCAUGGCCAUAUCGAAAUCUUCCAAAUCCUUGCUCGUGAGAUGGAUGAAGAUUUAGAAAUCGCCUGCUGGGUCAGACAUGAACUCGACGGGGAGAUGCUGUCUUUGGCUUGCGCGCGGGGAUUGCGCGAACACGCCAAACUGCUUCUCGAAAGAGGAGCCGAUCCCAACUGGGUAGCCAAAUACCACCAAUGCUAUCAGGCCGUAUACAUAGGAAGCAGCACAGUUUUGGGGUUGGAACUGGUCUGGGAUGAAAUCCCCUCAGACUCAAAGGAGGGAUGCAGAGAACGGCCUCUUGCGAAUGCCAUUAAGGCUUCCGAUCUUGAGCUUAUCGACAUCCUGAUGGAGGCUGAAGCUACCGUUCCGGAAGUCGAAGACGAGAGUAUCGAUUUUGGACUUCUUGGAAGCGCGCAACUUCUCGCACACGCAGCAUUUCAUGACGCAAUGCAGUCGGUGCAAUUCCUGCUGGACAAGGGUGUAAGCAUCAACCAAGGUAACUGGGUUGGCCAUUCUGUCCUAUCGGCCAGCGCCAAGGUUGGCAAGGUGGACAAUGUCAAGAUUCUGCUAGACCUCGGCGCUGACGUCGAGUCACGAGACGCCCAAGGACGUUCUCCAUUGUCCCAUGCUGUGGGCGAGUAUGGGUGCCCGGAUGUUGUCCGCUUAUUGCUUGAGCACGGUGCUGAUCCCGAGUCCAUUGAUGACGAGGGGAGGAAUCCUCUCUCCAUUGCUGUCGAGCAAGGACCCGACGGAAUGGCAGAAGUGCUGCUGGAUCAUGGCUGUCGUGUCAAUGUCGCAGACAACGGAGGGCGUACGCCAAUUUCAUAUUGCUGGCUGGACGCACGCCGUAUCAAGACACUCAUCAAGCAUGGCGCCGACCUCACAGUAAAAGACCACAUCGGACGAACACUACUCAUGCAUGCGGUGUUGGCAGCGGAUAAUGAGUAUUUUUUCAACACCGAGAUUGUCGAUCUUCUUCUCAAAGACCACCAGGCUUUACUAUAUGAAGAGGAUAGUUUCGGGAGGAGCCCUUUCGCCGUCGCCAUCGCAUACCACAAGCAGGAAGUAGUUGAGCAUUUGCUUCUGUACGCAGGCAACCCGUUCGCUGGGGGAGAAAAAUUCUCUAAACCAGUCUUCCUAGCAGCGGAGCUAGGCAAUGAAGCCCUCUGCAGCCAGUUCUUGCAAAGAGCCAUAGACCUGCACCACGUUAUCCCUGGCGAGAUCCGAGAGUCAUUGGACAGGACGUUGACUUCUCAGGCCGGCUUUCAUUCCUUCUUGAGAAUGUGGUCCAAGCCCUGCUCGAUCUGUUUGAGUCCGGUUGUCUUCACCGAGACAUAUCACUACUCGAAACUGCCCUUCGAUACACUGUUGGACUUGCUUAAGAGCGAAGAGGACGCUGCUUCAAGUGGCUAG